AUGUCGUGGGACCUCAAGCCACGCUCGCAGUGGCUCGAUCGUGUCGUGUUUCUCGGCACUGGCACGAGCUCGCAAGUGCCUGCAAUAUCAUGUGUCACCGACGGCGCAGCAGGUACAGCUACAUGCGAAACAUGCGCGGAUGCACUGCGUCCUGCGAGCAAAAACCGGCGCGGCUGCACGAGUGCCAUGGUGCUUGGCAGCGCGUCAAACGAGGAGACAUGCAUUUUGAUUGACUGCGGAAAAUCAUUCUACGAGUCUACGCUGCGUUACUUUCCUGCCCAUGGCCUGCGCCGCAUCGACGCGGUACUUCUGACGCACGCGCACGCAGACGCGAUUCUGGGUCUGGACGACUUGCGCAGCUGGACGAUGGGCGGCGUAAUACAGGAGCACGUUGAUGUGUAUCUCACGCAGGAGUGCAUGGAUACGGUGAGGCAUACAUUCCCCUACCUGAUUGACAAGUCUUUCAUUACGGGCGGCGGCGACGUCGGUGCACUCCGCUGGCACAUUAUCACCGCCGAUGCGCCAUUUUCGGUGGGCCGGUACCAAGUGCCUGUUAUGCCGCUCCCUGUGGAGCACGGAUUCGCUGGGAAAGAUAAGAAACCGUUCGAGUGCCUUGGAUUCCGGAUCGAUUCAAUGAGCUACGUGAGCGACUGUCGUAUCGCGGGAAGUACGCUGUACAUUGUCGACGGCCUGAAACUAUCGCGCCAUGCAAGCCAUUUCAGCAUUCCCCAGGCAAUUGUGUCCUCGGUGGAACUGGGCGCGCUAGAUAUACCGCCGCAGCUGACGCUGAUAACCGAUUUGACACACCGCACCGAGCACUACAAGACCGAGCGGCAGCUACAGACCGUGGUGCAUGCACUCGAUGCGUAUUUGGCCGCGCACCCCGAUACCGAUAUGCACUCGCCUUGGUGGGAGCAUGUGUGGGAUCCUGACUCAAACGAGCGCAAAGAAAUGCUUGCACCACGGCAGUCCGCAGCUAUACCGCCCAAAACACAGCCGAUGCACAUCGCGCCCAUUCACCUCGCGUUUGACGGCCUGUGCGUAACCUUCACCAAAUGCACGUGA